CCACUGCAACAUCUAUAUAUGUUACCCGUCUUUUGCGUCGCAAUUUUCCUUUCGCUUUUCUCUUUCAUAUUCAUUAUGCAUACUUUUUCUUUCUUCCCACCAUCAUUAUCCAGAUAGGAAAACAUGCCCACACCUCCAUGACCAAAUCCAGCCAACACAGAAAUCUUGCUCUGGUCUAGUGGUGAUAAGGUCGGUCGGCCAUAACCCGUAGCCCGUCGAAAGUGGAACCACGGGGCUCAGGGUCAAGGCAAGCCACCGGCCUUCAUCAUCGAGUAAUGUUCAGUAUCCACGCCGUCUCGCCGGGAGUCAAGACAUGGGGCCAAGACGGUGUGGAUGGUGUCACCCGUGGAACUCCCUAAAUGGAAACCCCGAGGAUGCCGCCGGGCCAUGACACUCCCAAUUCAGGGCUUGGGACGAAAAACGUGAAUGAAUUCUUGCAUCUACAGUACAGACAAAAGACAGGUCGAUCUGACGCAGUCACACUCGCUAACCCGAGACAAAAGACGGGCGCAAAUCCACUGGAGAUGCACUGGCGACUGGAUCAGGGGCUUAAGCAAGUCACCUCAAAAAUCAUUGGAUUUUUGGACCAAAUCGCAGGGUUUAAAGAGCUGACGUCACAGCCAAGAAAACGACCGAGAUGCGCUCAUGAUGGAUCCUUGCUGUUAUGCAAAUGAGGCAAUCUGAGGUCAACACUCUUAUUUUGACUUUGCUCGAUCUCUUAGGUAUUGACGCAUUUCGCCAUCUCGUAUUUUUGGUGCAUUAGCUGAAAAUAGUCGGCAGCCAUGAUGCUGACGAUCAUUUAUGAUGAUGUUUAUGGUGGAUGGCUGGCUGGUGGCGGAUUUAAAAUCUUUUUCUCCCCGUUGCUUCCCGUUCCCGUUGAGAAAAUCAAUCUCGUAAUGGUUGUCCCCUGCAUUCCUACUGUACCACACACUCACACGCACAGUGGCUUGCCGCCAGGCACUCCCGUCUUCAACUCACAGUGCUACCAUCCGCGUCAGCGUGGGGGCUCACCAAAAACAAAUUCUGUAGGGGCAGUUUCAAACUACCACUCAAAUCCUCUGCCCAGCCUCUAGACGAUUCAUGCUUGCUUCCGUCUUGCCGAAAUCAAGGGCAGCCAAGAUAAAAUACCUAGCUUUACACAUCCACGGCGCGUUGUAGGCUCUGGAGACCGGCUGGGAAGAGGGUAUUUGAAUGAACUAUGACUACAUCAUCCUAAGUUUAGGACCCAGUCUCAUCAUAAGCUUUAGUGGUAUCAUCAUAAGGCUUAAGACUAAGAAGCAUAAGCUUAGGCUUGAAUCUUAUAAACUCAUCAUGAACUUACAUGGGAUAUUUCCAGAUACUCAGCAUUUCUUAAUCCGCGGGCCGCGGAUUUUAAUCAAGGCCCAUUAUUUAAAAUCGAAACCAACAUCUCUAAUGAUUGAUCAAAGCUCAAGCUCAGGGGGUCUGAAUUAUUGGGAACCAAUGUUAGCUGCCCAAAUAAAGCUUUGCAAACGCCCGCAGCGCAGCCAUUAAAACCCCCUGUCCAAGCACAUGUUCGAUAUCAACGGUCAAGAUAACCAACCAUAAGGAUCAUGAUGGUUUUCAUCUGAAACAACCAAAUUUACGUUAUCUUGUUUCCAAAUAUAAUCAUCCCUUAUUCCUUGUCACCGCUUACAUCUAUCGAGAUUAUAGUUCUAUAUAUGUAUGCUACUCGGUAGAAGUUUAAUUGCUAUGGUGCGUGGCACUGGAUUUCAAUCGUUGAUCAUCGAUGCAGACCCCGUUGGGGCUCCCUUGGAAUCAAGCAACUCGCACGUCGGACCAAGCCAGGGUCUUCAUGUUGUUGUCGCGAAGGAAGACUAAUGAUGCAAGAAGCGUGAAUGUGCGCAAGAAACAGCUGUCACAGUCGAUCAUUGCUUCAUAUUGUAUGGUCUCGGGCUUGGUAUUUCGUCCGUCCCAAGCUUGUGAAACUUCGGCUCACUCAUAAUCUGGAAGUUUAGGAUGGUCUUGGGGAAUCAUUUACCCUAAGUUUAGGAUAGACUUAUGAUAUCCUUUGAGGAACUGGUCUAAGAUUCUAAUCAUGCUUAGGGAUUUUACUGGAUGAGAUUUUCUAUUUAUUAUGCUUAAAAAAGAUGGGCUUCAUUAUAAUCAGGAUCAAUAAAAAUAAGUGACUUGAUCAAGUUCAUCCGCCCAAAGAUUCUCAUGAUGAGUAUCCUUAGAGUCAAGAAAUAUCAGGAGCAUAAUUCGCC